CUGGGAAUUGAGCUAAUUAGGGACCUACGAAUGAGCAAAGGGGCUACAUUGGGAAGUAUUGGAUACAGGGGUUUGUGGCAGAAGAAAGGGAGGGGGAUGGAGAACUUUUUCCUGGGGAGUUGGGCACAAGAGGUGAAGGAGCACAAGGAGGAUGAGGAGGUGCUGAAUGGCCGCCAUGAUGGUUUCUUCAGGGUCACUGGGUGUAUUAGUUGGGCCCUAUGAUAAGUCACAGGACUGAGGAAUAGAUGCAGAACAAUCAUGAUGGACAGAGACAGAAACCGGGUGACUGAAAAGAUCCUGGACCUCACCCUGGAGAUUAUCUGUCUGCUGACGGGAGAGGAUUACAUUGUUGUGAAGAAGACAGACCAUGAAAAGGUUCAGCCCAAUCAGUGCUUGGCACGUUCACUGACAUCACUCGUGCAAGAGGAAAAAAAAACCAAGAAGAACCCAAAACUUACAGACAAGAUUCCUAAGAGAUCAACUUCAGAGGCUCCUGCCUGUUGUCCGAACAAUGACGGUUCAUGCCCACCAGCUGGGCAGUUGGAACUUUCCAAAGGGAACCUGGAACAGUAUGAGGAUGUCGCCAUGGAAAAUCAAGAGUCUUCAAGAAAAUCAAAAAUCAAGAGCCCUGGGUAUAUCUCCAGUACUCCAGAAAGAUGUCACAUGUCCCCAUUCUCACAGGCUGAUACCGAGGCCAAUGGGAAGAGUGUACAAGAUUACCAGCAGGUUGACAAGUUGGAUGUUCUGUUCCCCCAGCAGUGUAAGAAGGAGGAGGUCCCUACAGAGAUAAACACAGGAUUUCCAUUCACUUGGGAAGCCAAAAUGGAAGCUUUCCAUCCGCCCUUUUCUGAGUUUUCCAUGAAUAACAAGAGUGUUCCUCAAAAUAGCCAAGAAAUAAGAAAUACUAAGUUAAAUCCAUUGGGCGAAACAUUGAAAACAUCCAUCAGUAUUCCUGUUAAGAACAAAACUUUACAAGAAGAAACUCACCUCCAGGACUUACCUGAUGAUUUAGGCGUUUCAUUUCACCCAAGUACUUGCUGUAAUGAGAAAACCCAAGAUGUAUCUCAUCCUCCGGACAGCGCCAAGUUCAAUCAAACAGUCCAGAUGACAGAAAAGCUGUAUUUGUGUUCAGAGUGUGGCAAAUGCUUUACUAACAAUUCUGAUCUAGUCGCCCAUCAGAGAGUUCACACAGAGGAGAAGGCGUAUUUGUGUUAUGAAUGUGGCUCCUUUUUUACCUGCAGCUCAGAUCUGGCAAAGCACAAAAAAAUUCACGCCAGUGAAAAUUCAUUGUCGGAAUCUGAAUAUGCAAAGUGUCCUGCCCCAGUCACAGGCUCUUAUGAGAAAAUGCAGACCGGAGAGAAGCCAUUAGUCUGCACAGAGUGUGGCAAAUGUUUCACUUGCAGUUUAGAUCUUGCGGCACAUCAGAGGGAUCACGUGGAAGCCAAGAACACGCCGAGUUCUGAACUUGAAGCACCACUGAAGGGCACAACUGUUCUUCCACAUCAGAGGAUUGACGCCCGACUAAAAGAGUUUGUGUGUUCUAAUUGUGGUGAGUGUUUCACAAUGAAAUCGGAGCUGGUGAAGCAUCACAGGAUUCAUGUAGAACAGAACCCCUUUGCUUGUUCCGAAUGCGGAAAAUGCUUCACUGAGUUAUCUCAUCUUCAUAGACACCAGGCCAUGCACUCAGCAGGGACACCGUCCAUUUCUUCAGAACCUGAGGAACGUCGCAAGGAUAGUCCAAAUACAUCCAAACCGGAGAAAAGUCAACUAGAAGAGAAACACUUUGUUAGCGCUGAAUGUGGCGCAGGCUUUUCCACUAGCCCCGAGAUUGUUACGCAUGAAAUCCUACACAUCGCAGAGAAAGAAUUUGUUUGCGCUGAAUGCGGAGAAUGUUUCGCUAAUAAUUCCGAUCUUGCAUCACACGCAGUCAUUCAUGCAGCAGGGGAGAACCCAUUCCUCCGUCCCUAUGGUUCAAGUUACUUUAUAAGCUACAGCUCUGCGGGGGACAAACCAUACGCUUGCUCUGACUGCGGGAAAGGCUUUGCAUUUAGAUCGGCUUAUCUCAGGCAUCAGAGGAUUCACACAGGGGAGAAACCUUUUGUGUGUUCUCAAUGUGGAAAACGUUUUACUCAAAAAACUCAUCUCAUUACCCAUCAGAGAGUUCACAGAAAUAAUUAUAUUUAGUACAGUCCAUGUUUUUGCAGGUUUAGUUUCAAUGGUUAUAUUUGUAUUAAAUUAUGUGAUAUAUAUAUAUAUAUAUAUAUAUAUAUCCAUAUAGAAAGCUGAAGCACACU